GCUUUAGCCUGAGAGAGAGAAAGAGAGAGAGAGAUGAGGCUCCAUUCAGUGCUGCUGUUGAUCGCCCUCGGUGGCUGCGCUGCUGCAGGUGACCAUCGACCCGCCGACAUGACGAUGGGCGCCGCCCAGGCUCCCGACCAACCAGGGCUCGACCCUGCUGCCCCGGGCUCCACUCCCAGGAUCUCAGAACUGGUUCAGAACCAGGAGCAGGGCGACAUUUGGAGAGCACAGGUUCUGGAGCUGCUGACCCGGUUGGUUCAGGCCCAGGAGGAGCGGGCCAAACACCAGGCCCAGGUUGUGCAGCAGCUCAGCAUUCUGGUCAAUCAGGGCUCCCAGCAGAUCCAGAACCUACAGAACCUGGCCCGGCACCAGAACCUGCUGGUGGAGAACCACCAGGCUUUACUGCUGCAGACGUCACGCAUCGCCACCCAACUACAGGAAAUCAACAAGAAACCCACCGCUCUUGGCCAAUGAGAUCCUCUGACUACCCACAACCAGCCAAUCAGAUCUCUGUCUCUAUAUGCAACCAAUCAGAUUCUUUGGAAUCAGACAUGUAUUUGAAUCAAUGUAUUCUUCUGAAGGCUGACCAGAUUUCUUAAUUAACCAAUUAGCCUUUGCGUUUAAUAAUUAAUUAAUUGAUUGACUGAUUCUGUGAUGUUUUAAACUGUAAAACACAAACUAACUGUUCACCUGUUCAAGCUCUAAAUUGCUUCAGGCUUUAAUUGCUCUGUUAAUAAGGAUUUUAAAUAAAAGUUGACAUUUUUUUCUGCAAUUUUGGCUUCCUGUUUAUGAUGAAACUCAACACCACCUGUGUGUUCACACACUUGUCUGUUUACGUACAGAUCUGCAUAGACUCGCUUUAUAUGAAUCUGCCAGGCUUGGCGGUUGUUGCCAACAUGUUCUGACGUGUGUGCACCACCUGGUGUCGAGCACCACUUGGUGUCCUCAAGUGUGCGCUCUACCUGUUUCAGGUAUUGUUGGUUUAUCGAAAUUUGUCGUGUCUCUUCGUUUCAGAACCUCCAGGACCAACACGGAUCCAAUUAAACUCGAUCCUCCAACCAAACCAGUCAGAGGUCGUUCUGAUUGCCGGCUCUAAGGUCCAGCUUGGUUGCUUUGGUGGCGGGUUGGUGGACAUGUCCACCACUGCGCUUCGUCCAUUACCUAGGGAUCGUCUGAACACCUUGCAGAUCAGCAGUGUGACUCCCAGACACACCGGUACGUACCAUUGCAGGUACGCCAACCAGAGCCUGAACCACCUGAACACCUGGAUACACCUGUAUGUCAAAGAUCCAGGUAACAACUCUAUGGUGUUUGUCACGCCUCGCUACACAGCUGACUAUCCUCAAGAGGGUGAUGACUUCCUGUACAAGUGUCUGCUGACUGACCCAUCUGUCACAGACCUCACCCUCCAAUCAGAGGGUGGGGACCAGGGGCGGGGCCUGCCCCCAGGUAUGAACGUCACCUUAGACCCUCGAAAAGGAGCCUUGAUCAAACAUACAAGGAUGUCCUUCAAAGGCCGGUACGCCUGUUCGGGUUGGAGGAAUGGGCAAGAGUUCCGAUCAGAGCCGUUUUCCCUGAUGGUGGCUCCCAUGGAACUCCCUCCCUCCGUUGCUGUCAGUCAGGGUGAGUGGGUCCAUCUCCGAGGAGAACGGUUCACAGUCACCUGUCAGAGCAGCAACCCUUCACACAGCUACACUGUCACCUGGACUCACCCACACAUAAAGGACCUGGAAGUCAAGAGAAACCAAGACUACGUCAAUGGGUACGUUAACAUCAGCAGCACUCUGACCGUCUCUUCUGUCAACCAUCAACACAGCGGACUGUACACCUGUACUGCUGCUGGCAGAGCUGGGGUUGCCACGGCAACCACCCACCUGACUGUGUUGGAUCAGCCUUACCUGAGGAUCUACCUUCAGACUGCCAACACCCAGCAGGUCUCCGAUGACCUGCCAGGCAACUUCAGCAGGGGACCCGAGGCUACGACUGAGGAACCAGCAGCUAAUCUCAGCUUCGAUUCGGAGGAGCUGCAGAGAGAACUGGUGUUUAACGGGAGCAGAGGCAGCGGCUGCAGGACGGUGGAGGUGUUCGAAGGUGGAGACCUGACCCUGACCUUCAUCAUGGAGUCCUAUCCUCCAAUCAGACAGCAUCACUGGACAACACCAGAACAUGUAAACAAUGAUGGCAGCAGUGUGUAUGAGAGGAGCUACACAGCUAUAGCCUACAGGUCAGAGGCCAACCUUCUGGUGCGGCGUGUUCGUCAGGAAGAUAGCGGUCGAUAUUCUUUUAAUUUUUCUAAUUUGUUCUUUAACGGGUCGCAGGAUGUGGACCUCCGGAUCUACCGUUCUCCGACUGUCAGCAUCACGCAGCAGAACCAGUCCCUGAUGUGCAGCAGUUCUGGUUACCCACAGCCCACGGUCUUCUGGUCCAUCUGCACCCAUGUGGACAGGUGUGAACCCAGCUCCAACCAUCAGGUGUCUCCAUCUGCUGCAACCUCAGAGGACGGGGAGGAGGUGAGGACAUUCUUCCCUCUGUCCACCCCUGAUGAUGAUGUCACAGUCAUGUGUUUGGCGUACAACCUGGUGGGCGAGUCUCGUCAAGUGUUUGUUCAUCGUUCCACAGGAAUUCGCACCGUCUUCACUCCAGCUCUGAUUGGAGCGCUGAGCGUCUCCUCCAUCCUCCUCCUGCUGCUGUUAUUUGUGUUCUACAAGUGCAGACAGAAACCAAGGUAUGAAAUUCUGUGGAAGAUCAUUGAGAGCAACGAUGGCAACAGCUACACCUUCAUUGACCCCACCCAGCUGCCGUACAACCAGAAGUGGGAGUUUCCUCGAGACAAACUGCGACUCGGCGGCGUCCUGGGCUCGGGGGCGUUUGGAAAGGUUGUUGAGGCGACGGCGUAUGGCCUGGGAACAGAAAACAAGGCUACCAGAGUUGCUGUCAAGAUGCUCAAACCCAGCGCUCACUCAGAGGAACGGGAGGCUCUGAUGUCAGAGCUGAAGAUCCUCAGCCAUCUCGGUUACCAUGACAACAUCGUUAACCUGCUGGGAGCAUGCACGCAAGGAGGCCCCAUGCUAAUGAUCACAGAGUACUGUAGCCAUGGCGACCUACUCAACUUCCUACGGACUCACAUGCCAGACUUCAUGGCGUCCAUGAUCACCAUAGACGAGGUUGGAGAUGAGGUCUUCUAUAAGAACCUGACAGGACAGCAGGAAAGGCUACGCAGUGACAGCGGGAUCUCAUGCUGGUCAGAGUACCAGGAGAUGCAACCGUCCCUGACUCCAAGUCCAAAUGAGCCAGGCGAGCACAUGGUGAGCCUGUCCCUCUGUGACCUCCUGAGGUUUUCCUACCACGUGGCUCAGGGAUUGGACUUUCUUUCCUCCAGAAACUGUAUCCACAGAGACGUGGCAGCGAGGAACGUCCUGCUGACUGACUGUCGGGUUGCAAAGAUCUGUGACUUCGGUUUGGCUCGAGACAUUCAAAACGAUGACAACUACAUUGUUCAGGGAAACGCCCGGCUGCCGGUGAAGUGGAUGGCUCCAGAGAGCAUCUUUCAGUGUCUGUACACAGUUCAGAGUGACGUCUGGUCCUACGGGGUCCUGCUCUGGGAGAUCUUCUCUCUGGGUAAGAGUCCGUACCCCAACGUUGUUGUGGAUACCAACUUCUACAAGAUGAUCAAAGACGGCCACCAUAUGGAGCAGCCGGAGUUCGCUCCUAAUGAAAUGUAUCACCUGAUGAAGCUCUGCUGGAGUCUGGAGCCCACCCACAGACCCACCUUUAAAACCAUUGGUCAGCUCAUCGAAAGGCUCCUCCCUUUGACGAGUGACAUGUUGCCUCGUCACAGCGACCAGGUGAUGUAUGAAAACAUUAAUGAAUGCAGAGCAGAAGAAGAGGAUGAUGAUGAUGAUGAUGAUGAUGAUGAUGAUGAUGAUGAUGAUGAGGUCCAAGGUGGAAUACUGAAGAGAAAAGAAGAAGAGCAAGAUUGCCAUGACGACGAUGAAGGAGAGGAGAGGGAGCCGACGAUGAACAACAUCUACCAGCUCUCCUGAUCCUCUCUUCUGACCGGUUGCCAUGAACUCACAUUGAGUUCAUCUCAUCUCCACACAUCAGCAGCUCCUCUCUGCUCUCAGACUCUACUAGAGACUAAAGCCAAAAAAGGAAUGAUUUGCCGUUAAUCCAGCCUGGUCUUGUCUGAUCUACUCUACAAACUCUGGAGCUCCAACCGUUUGAAGGUUGGAGCUUUCAACCUGCAACAUGAUCUGAUCCUCUUCUCCAGAUCUUCCCUUCACUCCUUCAGACUGAAGCCGAUCCGCCAGGCUGGUUUCCAACCCAGAGGUUAGAAAUCCAGAACGCAGCUCUGAGGCUCCCCAACCAGGUUUGGUCACUGGGUGGGGUCACCACCUGGAGUCAUCAGCUGGGGUCACCAGCUGGGGUCACCAGGCCGUCCGUCCAACAAGUUUCCUUGUCUGAUUUCGGUGAUUUCUUCCUCUUCAGGUUUGGCAGUUUUGGACGUUAAGCGUUUUUCUUCUUCUCUGAAACGUGUUCAGUGUUGCUCGAUAAAUUCAUGUUUGUGCUAUUUGAAUCAUGUUGUGUCAUAAAGUAAACAGGAAGUGCUCUUCAGAAUAACAGUCUGGGCUUUAUGGAAUAAACUCAGAAACAAAC